GAUACGGGCAUAUAGACUUUCCCCUCUUAUUAUUGGAAUUACAAAAACUUUUCUUGCAAGUUAAUCAACCCCAUGAAAUUUACUUGUGGUCUAAAUUUUGUAGUUAACUCUCCAUCCUAUUGUUUUAUGAUUAAAAUGGGUACAAGCAUGAUUAAAUAAAAGCACCUCCCGCUCCCCCAUUGUUUUAGCUUUCAAUUUUUGGAGCCCUAGCUACUCAGUAGCUGCCCACCAGAUCCGAGCAACGAUGAAGCUCGUAAGAUUCUUGAGGAAAUUAAAUAACGAGAUCGUCUCAAUCGAACUCAAGAACGGCACUGUCGUUCAUGGCACCAUUAUAGGAGUUAAUGUCAGCAUGAAUACACACGUGAAGACUGUUAAACUCAUACCUAAAGGAAAGAACCCAAGGCUAAAAGGAGUUGUAAUACAUUAGAAAGCUCAGUACUGAAGUUGCUCUUGCUUCUGCCCAUCUUUGUCUCACCAAAUGUCCAUUUUGUUUCGGAUGUUUACUCACAAAAAACACGCUCUGCUCCGCUUUCCCAUUCCGUUCUUCCCCUUAAUUCAUACUUCCUCACAACAUAUGCAAAGCAACAUCAAUGACAGCAUCAUCUCCAUAGUCGAUUCUCUACAGAAAGGCCACAACUGGAAAAUCCUCACGAAAAAAUUCUGCUCCGUCAAAUUCACCAAGCCUAUGGUUGAGAACAUACUCUUGCAGCUCAAAGAACCCAUUAAUUCAAGAAAAGCCCUCAACUUUUUCCAUUGGUCAGCGAAGGAAAUGCAUUUCCAACAUGGGCUUUCAAGUUACUGCAUAAUAAUCCACAUUUUGGUGAAAGCCAGGCUUAUCAGGGACGCCAAGGGAUUGUUUGAAUCAGUCUUAACCAGAGAUUUUUCUGAUAGUAAAGCGCAAACAUUUUCUGUUGUUGAUUCGUUGCUUGAGAAUUAUGGAGUUGUUGAUUCUGUCCCGUUCGUGUUUGACUUGUUUAUACAAACUUGUGCAAAAUUGAGAAUGGUUGAUGGUGUUGUUGAUGCUUGCAAGUUGUUGUUUGAUCACGGGUUUACUUUGAGUGUGAUUAGUUUCAAUACUCUUCUACAUGUAAUGCAAAAAUCUGACAAGGCCCAUUUGGUUUGGGGAGUAUACGAGCAUAUGAUUGACGCAAAAAUAUGCCCAAAUGAAGUGACGAUGAGAAUCAUGGUUAAUGCACUGUGUAAAGAAGGGAAAUUGGAGAAGUUUCUUGGUAUUGUGGAUAGGAUGCAUGGGAAGAGGUGUUCAGUUCCUCAGCUAAUAGUGAAUACUUGCUUGGUUUAUGAGAUGAUAGUGGAGAACAGGAGUGAAGAUGGGCUGGUGAUAUUGAAGAAGUUGUUGCAGAAAAAUAUGAUUCUGGAUACUAUUUCAUACUCUUUGAUUGUCUUUGCCAAGGUGAAGAUGGGCAAUUUGGAUGCUGCAAGACAGAUAUAUGAAGAAAUGCUUAAGAGAGGUUUUGAAGAGAAUGCUUUUGUGUGCAGCUUGUUUGUUGGUGCAUAUAGUGAGGAGUUGAGGAUUGAUGAGGCAAUUGAGCUAUUAGAAGAGAUGGAAAGGUUGGGUUUGAAGCCUUUAGAUGAGACAUUUAAUCAGCUGGUCAAAGGUUGCUCAUUGAAUGGACGCUUGGAGGAUAGCUUGGUCUUUUGCAAGCAAAUGAUAAGGAUGGGGCUUCUUCCUAGUCUUUCAGCUAUUAAUGAGAUGUUUGGGAAGCUCUGUGAAAAUGGGAAGACGAAGCAUGCUGAUGAAAUGUUGACAAUCUUGUUGGAUAAAGGAUUUGCUCCGGAUGAAAACACAUACUCUCAUCUUAUUUCUGGUUAUGGUAAUGAUGAUGAUAUGGAGGGGCUUACAAAACUUUUAUUUGAGAUGGAAUACCGUGCAAUCUCUCCUAAUGUUUUGGGCUUUAAUUCAUUGAUUAUCAGUCUCAGCAAGUGUGGAAGAUUGAAGGAGGCUGAGAAGUAUCUAGAAAUAAUGAAAGCUGGAUCCCUUGUUCCUAGUCCAAAUGUUUAUGAGAGAUUGAUUGUUGGCCACUUGCAGAAGGGUAGCAAGACGAGGGCUCAUCAACUUCACAGUGAAAUGGUUGGAACUAAUCAAAGACCGAUGCAAGACAAGUGGGAUUAAGUUGUUUCGCUACUAGUUCUUGCAAAGGCAUACAUGUUAAAGCAUGAAGGAUAUCUCCAGGAGCUAUCUUACACCAGGUACAAUCGCAACUAGUUAGUCUAGAAUAUACAUUUGAGUUUUGUGGUUGUAUGACAUCCCACAUUUGUUACAUUCCAUUUUCAGAGUUAAUGUCAUUUGUGGCAAAAGUUAAUAAUA